GAUUCUUCCAUUCUAUGUAUCUGGAAUUGAAAUUGAUGAAAAAUAAAACCCUAGCGGGUAGGGUUUUGACUUCUGAUGAACAUCUUGUGAAUUAGGAAUAGAAAGCCUCUUGCGUUUAAUUUAUUCAAAUGUAAAUAAAUAAAUAUUUUAUCAAAUUCCGGUUUAUCAAAGAACUUAAACCCGAGAAAACCGACCGGUUUAUCAAGAGACCUCAAAACCCUUGUUUCUUCCUCCCUUAAACCCUUUGAAUAUAUGCAAAACCUUGUCGCUCGAUUUGGAAGAAAACUUUCAAUCUCAAAUUCUUCUACUACUAUUUUAAUUAUCUGUUUCUUCUAUCUUUUGUGUAAAGGCAUGAAGAGAACACUAGAAUUGAAUUCCUCUAAAAAGAACCAAAAUUUGAACAAGAAUCGUCGCCAUAGAAGAGAACAGAAGCUCAAUACAAGACCAUCUCCCUCAGAUGAUUCAGCAGAAGAUAAUUCGGAGAUAGCUUCAGAGGAAGAAAUGGAAGCACAAAACAAAGAAGAAGAAGUUAGAGAGUAUAAAGAGCCAACUAUGUAUGAUAGUUUGUUGGAGUCAUUGAGGACAAAACAAGAAGAAUAUAACACGGACUCGGAAGAAAGUGGAGAUGAUGUUGAGCAAACUCAUGAUGUCUCCGAUGAUGACGGUGAUGGCAGUGAUAGUGAGGCUUCUAGACUUAGUGAACCUGGUGCUAGUCUACAUGGAGGUGGUCUUGGAAACCCUGUGGGACGGAUUGGAGGUACUGAAACUGAUGACGAUGAUUCAGAGGCUUCUGGUUCAGAUGGAGAGCAAGAAUUGAGAGUAAAUGGUCAACCUACAAGAGGGGCUUGUGCAAGCACGAGCUCAUUUCAUUCUCAUUUGGAUCACAAGUUGUCCAAAGAAGAGGUUGACAAGCUAGAGAAAAAGAAAUGGAAUUACAAAUGGGUGGUAGCCAUGUCAAAUUACAAGUGGAAGGGGACAGGCGAAUGUUUUCUGAAGGAGCUAGACAACUUCUUGUUUCAUGGAUUGAAGCCAACACUACACAAGCAUUGGUUAGGUAUCUAUGAGAAGUCUGGAGGGGCAGAUUUUGAUUCAUCAAAGCAGAGAUUAUUUUUCUCCAUCUGCAACAGCUACCGGGAUAUUCUGCACCACAACAAGAAACCCUUCUAUCUCAAAGGUCUCGAUGAAGAUUCAAGUACCAUGGAUGCUUAUGUUAUGCAUUCUCUCAAUCAUAUCUUCAGAACUAGGGAUCUUGUAAAGAAGAACGAGGCAAAACUAGCUAAGCUUCAGGAGAAUGUGAAAGCAGAUAUCCUUAGUAAUGAAGCCUUUCUUGACCGCGGGUUUACUCGCCCUAAGAUUUUGAUCCUUCUCCCUCUAGCAAGUGUUGCAUUUCGGGUAGUCAAGCGGCUGAUCGAUUUGACACCUCCUAAAUACAAGUCUAAUGUAGAGGAGCAUGAACGUUUCUAUAGAGAAUUUGGAGCUGGAUUAGGCGAAGACAAGGAGGAAGAAGAUGCGGCGGAAAUCUCUGAAUCAAAAAGGAGCUCAAAACCAUCUGAUUUUGAAACAUUAUUUGGGGGAAAUAACAAUGAUCAUUUCAUGAUUGGAAUUAAAUUCACUAGGAGGAGCAUAAGAUUAUACGGUGACUUCUACUCAUCAGACAUGAUUGUUGCUUCCCCUCUUGGUUUAAUCACUAAAAUUGGGGAGGCAGAAUUAUACAAGGAUAAAAAUGUUGAUUAUCUGUCUUCUAUAGAGGUUCUAAUUGUUGACCAUGCAGAUGUCAUAUUGAUGCAGAAUUGGUCACACGUGAAUACUAUUGUUGAACAAUUAAAUCGGAUACCUUCUGAGCAGCAUGGAACAGAUAUUAUGCGCAUUAGGCAGUGGUAUUUAGACGGUCAAGCGUCAUUCUAUCGGCAAUCAAUAAUCUUAUCUUCUCAUAUAAAUCCUGACAUCAAUGGAUUAUUUAACCAUCAUUGCCUCAACCAUGAAGGAAAGGUCAAAUUGGCAAGCGAGUAUAAAGGUGUUUUACCAAAGGUAGUACUUCAAAUACGGCAGAUUUUUGAGCGAUUUCAUGCGAAUACUGCAGAAGAUGCUGAUGAUGCUCGGUUUGAUUAUUUCACAAAAAAGGUGUUCCCCAAGAUAAAGGAUUCCACUCAGGGUGGUAUAGUGCUAUUUAUUAGCUCUUACUUUGAGUUUAUCCGUGUAAGGAACUUUUUGAAAUCACAAGAGGCAUCAUUUUGUCUAUUGGGAGAGUACACUGAGCAAAGUGACAUAUCUCGUGCACGAGGGUGGUUUUUCGAUGGAAAGAAGAAAAUCAUGCUUUACACUGAAAGAGCUCACUUCUAUCACCGAUACAAGAUACGUGGCAUUCAGAACUUGAUCAUUUAUUCGCUUCCAGAACGGAAAGAAUUUUACCCAGAGGUUGUAAAUAUGCUACAAGGGUCUGCUUGCACUGUUCUAUUUUCUCGUUUUGACCAGCUUCGGCUUGAGAGGAUUGUUGGUACUGCUGCUUCAAAAAGGAUGGUCACGUCAGACAAGGGUGUUUUCGUCUUUUGUUAGGGAAAGUGACAGUCUCAUCAUUAUUGUUUGGCCAAGGAAAAGUCUUGCUCUCAAAAGGGUCCAGCUGUUUCUGCAGUUCAAGGAAUUAGUUCUUGCCUUCACUUAGCAAAAAACUAAAGAAAGAUGGUUCUUGUCUUCAAUUCAGAAAUCUUAUAACCAUAUUCUUUGAUCAAUGUUUGCUUAAUCAAUUUUGUUUUCUUUUAAAGUUGUGAUAUUAGUACAUUAUUCAAAUUCCAGAAACAUAACAAAAUGGACUUGUUUAUUUA